UCAGGCGAGUGUGAGGUUGCCGGCGGGUAGCGGGUUCCGCCGCUGAGAUUGUCCGACGCGGGGCCGCGGGGUGAGGCGCGCGGCCCCCGAGUCCCGGCCCGUGUGCCGGGGGGAGGCUGACGGGAGGCAGGGCGCUCCCCGCGCCGGCGAACGGGGCCUUUCUGCUUCCGCAGCGGGGGUGCUGAGCGGAGAGGGUUUAGAAACUCAUUUUCAAGUUUUCUCUGUAUUUGAGAAAUUCCUGCUUCCUGCAACCAUCAAGAAGGAGAAUGUCUGUGACAUUGCAUACGGAUGUAGGAGAUAUCAAAAUAGAAGUCUUCUGUGAGAGGACGCCCAAAACAUGUGAGAAUUUCUUGGCUCUUUGUGCCAGUAAUUACUACAAUGGCUGUGUGUUUCAUAGAAAUAUCAAGGGCUUCAUGGUUCAGACGGGAGAUCCAACAGGUACUGGAAGAGGAGGUAGCAGUAUCUGGGGCAAGAAGUUUGAGGAUGAAUACAGUGAAUACCUGAAGCACAACGUUAGAGGUGUUGUAUCUAUGGCUAAUAAUGGCCCAAAUACCAAUGGAUCUCAGUUCUUCAUCACCUAUGGCAAGCAGCCACAUCUGGACAUGAAGUACACAGUAUUUGGAAAGGUUAUAGAUGGUCUGGAGACCUUAGAUGAAUUGGAGAAGUUACCAGUAAAUGAGAAGACAUACAGGCCUCUUAAUGAUGUGCACAUUAAGGACAUAACUAUUCAUGCCAACCCAUUUGCUCAGUAGCUGUAAUAGACCUGGACAGAUACUUGGCAAAUGCUUCACUGGACCACGCCCACCAUGGUUUGUCCAGUUCUGUGUAUGUCAGAGACUGGUCCUUCUGGUGUGUGCAGUAACGACGCGACAUCCAUCUGGGAGCCCCACAGCUUUCACCCGGCCGAGUGGCCAUUUUUAAAUGCUGACCCUCAGAUGUAGGCAUUUUUGAGCAGCCAAAUUACAUACUAUGACGAUGCUAGUCUGUAACUAGACUAUUUUCUCUCUGGGGAGGUUGGGUGUUUUAUUUUGUUUUGGGUGAGGGUGGUUCUGAAAUAGUGUUGGUAGGUUACCUGGAAUGGCUUCCUCUUUUCCUUUGUCUCCUAGUGCUAUGACUGCAGGUGGGAGCCAUCACAUGUAGUUAGCAGUUUUUAAAAAUAGUGUCAAGACAUGUUUGGCUCUUAGGAGCUUAUUCUGCUGGGUUGGUUUCACGUCUUUAAUCCCAGCAUUCUGAAAACAGUGAGUCCCCGGUCACCCUGGUUUAGAUGGAGAAUCCUAGUACAGCAUAGCAAGACAGUCUAAAGGAAAAAGAAAGGCAGAAAAGGCCUAUUCUAAUGAUUGGCCACCUACAGCCAUGAAGAGAGCAGGGACAGGGAGGAACACUGUUGGUCUAAUACAGGCACUGUGAUCAAGAUCCAGGUAUGAAUUCCUUUCUGCAUACUCUUGAGUAUUUAGCAUUCUGAUCUCUGUGUUAACUAGCAGUAAAUAUAACUAAGAUGACUACA